CCUUUUUAUUACAUAUAUGCCAACCUAUCUUAUUCAGUUUGCCCAGUUUCACGAAGAGUUUAGACUUCCCGAACUACUUUCCUUGACUCAACUACAGAAAGUAAGCCUUACUUAUGCUCCAGAAGACUACAAGCUAGACAACCCUUUUCUCAAGGUUCAACUAGAAUCAACAGAAGCAGCACAAAAACUUAUUAAAAGAGCCAUUCUGAUAAAAAACAUUUACGAACUUUGGGGUGAAGGAAGUACUUAUGAACAAGUACACCAACAAGUCAAGACAACUUCGGAUCGUUGGCCUGAAUACAACACUUGUUCUUUCAAAUUUGUUGUGUCUGCUUUCGGCUCUACAAUUUCAUACAAGGAACAGAUCGAUGUAAUUAAUUCAUUUGCUUAUCUUGGCUUUGAAGGACCUAUUGAUAUGAAAAACCCUGAUGCCCAAUUUCAUGUGCUUGCUGAUUAUGGCUUUGACAAUACACUUGUAGCUAAAGACCCUCUUUAUAUCUAUAUGGGUAAAUUAGUCGCUACAGGCAGUCGUGAUCUUGUCAACUUGUACAACUUGAAGAAGCGCAAAUAUUUAGGUACAACAUCCAUGGACGCCGAAUUAUCACUUGUCAUGGCCAACCAAGCCUUAGCAGCACCCGGUAAGCUUGUGUAUGAUCCCUUUGUGGGCACAGGUAGCUUUUUAUUCACUUGCGCUCAUUUUGGUGCAUUCACCAUGGGCUCUGAUAUUGAUGGAAGACAAAUUCGUGGUAAAGGAAAGGCAGGUGUGCAGUCUAACAUUGAGCAAUACAACUUGCAAGGCCGUGUACUUGAUACACUUGUGUUUGAUAUUUGUCGCAAUCCAUGGCGUAAACAACAAUGGCUGGAUGCUAUUGUGACAGAUCCUCCUUAUGGUGUGCGUGCUGGUGCUAAGAAACUUGGUAGAAAUGACGGUAAAGAGCUAUCGCUGCGUACGUAUGAUGGUGUCCCUAUGCAUACACGUGAAGACUAUUAUCCACCCACUAUGCCUUAUGAAAUGUCUGAAGUGCUUGUGGAUUUGUUGAAUUUUGCUGCCGAGAAUUUGAAUUUGGGAGGAAGAUUGGUGUAUUGGUUGCCUACAGUCGUUGAUGAAUAUUCAAAUGAUGAUGUACCUCAACAUCCUUGUAUGAAAUUAGUCUCAAACAGUGAACAAAACUUUGGUCAAUGGUCUCGAAGACUGAUUACUAUGGAAAAGAUCAAAGAUUGGUCCGAAAAAGACAGAGCUAUAGUAGAAAUAAGUGUAGUAUCAGAAGCUGAAAAAGCAGAGAUUAUGGAAAAAGGAACAGAAGAUCCUAAAAGACCAGGUCACUUUUUGUUCCGCGAAAAGGUAAGCAUAGCAUGCAUAAGGGGAGUUUUCUAA